UGAGGCGCUUUUUCUUCUUCUUGGCAAAUGGGAAAAGAAGUGGAGUCGGAGAUUUCCAGCUGCAUCGAAGUAUCAGCUCUGCAUUUCGCCUACGAAUCUCAGAAUCCUAUUUUCGCCAAUUUCAAUCUCAAGAUCUCUCCCGGAUCUCGGUGUCUUCUCGUCGGCGCCAAUGGAUCUGGGAAGACCACUUUGCUGAAGAUACUGGCAGGCAAGCAUAUGGUCGGAGGAAGGGAUGUAGUACGAGUGCUCAAUGGAUCUGCUUUUCACGAUACCCAACUGGUCUGUAGUGGUGACCUUGCCUAUCUGGGAGGUUCUUGGAACAAAACCGUUGGUUCUGCUGGGGAGGUUCCACUCCAAGGUGAUUUCUCUGCCGAACACAUGAUUUUUGGAGUUGAAGGUGUAGAUCCUGUUAGGAGAGAGAAGCUGAUCGACCUGCUUGAUAUUGAUCUGCAGUGGCGGAUGCAUAAAGUUUCUGAUGGGCAGCGACGGCGAGUGCAAAUCUGCAUGGGGCUUCUCCAUCCUUUCCAGGUACUGUUGCUAGAUGAGGUCACGGUUGACCUAGACGUUGUUUCAAGGCUGGAUUUACUAGACUUUUUCAAGGAAGAAUGUAAUGAUAGAGGAGCCACUAUCGUGUAUGCCACCCAUAUAUUUGAUGGGUUGGAGACGUGGGCGACAGAUGUUGCAUACAUCCAGGACGGUGAAUUGCGAAGAGCUGAGAAGCUCUCUGAGCUCAAUGAGCUGAAAAAUGCUACAAACCUUCUCUCAGUUGUUGAGUCAUGGCUCCGUUCUGAAACCAAGUCUACGAGCAAGAAACCUAUCAAUGCACCCACGCAAUUGACCAGGACCUCUCCCUUUGACACCUCCCCAUUUAGAUCAUCUAGGCAUAUGGCCUACUACCGAUGAUCUCUGUUUCCUGUUAUAUUUUGGUGAGCCUGGAACACGGAACACAUGACCUAAUGGUAUGGAAUGGUGCUGAUCUUUGCUUCAGAACAUUCCAACACCAUACUUUGAUUCUACCAUCUCUCUCCAAUUUCACUCUGCUUUCCACUGCUUGUAGUAGUUAGCGAGAGUUACAGGCAUUAUAUAUCUAAGCCAUGCGGCUCAGCCCUGUUGAUUGUAUUGGUGGUAAUAGGUUCACCGGUCAUAUUGCUUAUGCAUGUAUUUGAAUAGGCAGAAAAGUCAGGCAGGGUUACUGAGGCAAUCGCGUAAGUUAUGCAUAAGGAGGCCUUGAUGGGAUCCACUUCUGUAAGUUGUGUAUUGAAUCUGCAUGUUUGUUACAGUCCUUGUUUUCCCUUUUUUUUUUUUUUGAUAGAUAUAACAUUGAUUUAUUGAAAGAUAAGUCAAAAGGGAUUCAUUAUGCCCGUUAAAAAAUAGAAUGCCUAUACAUAUAUAUUUUGGGAGGAAUGUGUUCUUGCCAUGUUUACUAUUUUUGUGGGAGGUAAAUCCAAAUGUGUAUUUUUGUGGAAGGUUAUUCCAAAUGCCCAUGCAAGUUGCAUGUGGUAGUAAACAUAUACAGUGAAAGAUCUAGCUAAUUUGAACUU